GGAGAGCCGCCAUUGCUGGAGCGUCUGUGCGUGGCGGGGAGCGGCGGUGGCGGAGCUCGGAGGCGGCCCCGGCCAUCGCAGGUCUAAGAUUCAGAAUGGAUAAUGAAGCCUCUGUGUCCAUCAGGAAAGGCCUCCUCUGGAUCCAGAGCCACCCUGAAUGUUCCCAAGGGCUCCAGUGUGGAUUUUUCAUUCCCAAGGCGUGGCCAGAUGGAGGAAGAGGAAAAGCCCCAGAGAUCGGACACGAAGGGGGCCUGCAAACCCAGCCCAGGGAAGGAGGAAAGACCCUCCCAAUCCCAUGAAGGUGGCCAGAGAUCCAGCCAGAGCUCAGAGCUGGUGGAGAAGCCUCAGGGCGAGGAGAAGCCCCACAAGUGCUUGGAAUGUGGGAAGGGCUUCAGCCGGACUUCCCAUCUGAGGGAACACAAGAACAUUCACGCGGGGGAACGGCCCUAUGAGUGUGGGGAAUGUGGGAAAGGCUUCAGCCAGAGCUCCCACCUGAGCCAGCACCAGAAGAUCCACACUGGGGAGAAGCCCUAUGAGUGUGGAGAAUGUGGGAAGGGCUUUGUACGGAGCUCCCAGUUGAGGGAACACCAGAGGAUCCACACUGGAGAAAAGCCCUACCAGUGUGGGAAAUGUGGGAAGAGCUUCAGCUGGAGCUCCAGCCUGAUCCAGCACCAGGUGAUCCAUACUGGGAAACAAGCCUAUGAGUGCUUGGAAUGUGGAAAGAGCUUUGGGUGGAGCUCUGCCCUGAGAAACCACCAGCUCAUCCACUCUGGGGAGAAGGCCUACGAGUGUCCGGAGUGUGGGAAGAGGUUCUCCAGGAGCUCUAACUUGACCCAACACCUACGGAGGCACCGCUCUGGGGAGAAGCCCCACAAGUGCUUGGAAUGUGGAAAGGGCUUCAGGUACAGCUCCCAUCUCAGGGAACACCAGGUGAUCCACACUGGGGAAAAGCCCUACGAGUGUGGGGAAUGUGGGAAGGGCUACAGCCGAAGCUCCAACCUCAUCAGUCACAGCAAGAUCCACACUGGGGAAAUGCCCUACACCUGCUUGGAAUGUGGGAAGAGCUUCAGGCGGAACUCCAGUCUGAGGGAACACCAGAUGCUCCACACAGGCGAGAGGCCCUACGAGUGUCCCCAGUGUGGGAAGAGGUUUCGGAGGUCCUCCCGUCUCCUCCUGCAUCAGCGGAUUCACACAGAGGAGAGGCCCUUCUGCUGCCCUGACUGCGGGAAGGGCUUCAAGCACAACUCCACUGUCCUCCUGAACUGGUGCCUCCACAAUGGGGAGAGGCCCUAUGAGUGCCCCAAGUGCAGGAAGAGCUUCGUUCGCUGCUCCAACUCCAUCCCCCAUGGGAGGAUCAGUGUUGGAUGAUCCCCACUCAAGUGCUUGGAAUGUGGGAAGAGCUUCAGUUACAUCUCCAACCUGAUCCAGCACCAGAGGAUCCACACUGGGGAAAAGCCCUUCAAGUGCUUGGAAUGUGGGAAGAGCUUCAGUUACAUCUCCAACCUGAUCCAGCACCAGAGGAUCCACACUGGGGAAAAGCCCUACGAGUGUGGGCAAUGUGGGAAGAGCUUCAGCUUUUGUAGCACUUUGAAGAAACAUCAAAAUCCUCAUGGUAGGGAGAAACGCUACAAGUGCUUGGAAUGUGGAAAGGCUUUCAGCCACAGCUCCAGCCUGAUCCGGCACCAGGUGAUCCACACUGGGGAAAAGCCGUACGGGUGUGGGCAGUGUGGGAGGAGCUUCAGUGACAGCUCCAACCUGGUCCGGCACCAGCGGGUCCACACUGGGGAAAAGCCCUACGAGUGUGUGGAAUGUGGGAAGAGCUUCAGCAGUAGCUCUAACCUGAUACAACAUCAGGGGAUCCACACCGGGGAGCGGCCCUAUGACUGUGGGGAAUGUGGGAGGAGCUUCAGAAGCAUCUUUAUCUUGAUGCAACAUCAGAGGAUCCACACUGGGGAAAAGCCCUAUGAGUGUGUGGAAUGUGGGAAAAGCUUCAGCCAGAGUUCCAGCCUGAUCAGUCAUCAGGUGAUCCAUACAGGGGAACGGCCCUACACUUGCUUGGAAUGUGGGAAGAGCUUUGGGUGGAGCUCUGAACUGAGAAAACAUCAGCUCAUCCACACUGGGGAGAGGCCCUAUGAGUGUCCUGAGUGUGGGAAGAGGUUUAAGACCAGCUCCAAUCUCCUCCUACAUGAGCGGAUUCACACAGAGGAGAGGCCCUUCCACUGCCCCGACUGCGGGAAGGGCUUCAAGCACAACUCCAACCUCACCGUCCACCGGCGCAUCCACACUGGGGAGAGGCCCUAUGAGUGUCCCCAGUGUGGGAAGAGCUUCUCAGACAGCUCUCACUUGACCCGACACCAACGGAGGCACCACUAAGGGAAGCCCUGCGAGUGCCCCGAGUGUGGGAAGAGCUUCUCCCGGCAAUCCAGCCUGGUGGUCCAUGAGCAGCUUCACACCGGGGAGAAGCCCUACAGGUGCUUGGAAUGUGGGAAGAGCUUCAGCCACACCUCCCACCUCUUCAUCCGCCAUCAACCACACACAGGGAACAGUCGCAAGUGUGGGGAAUGUGGGAAGAGCUUCAGCCUGAGUUCUGUCCUAGUCCAGCACCAGAAGAUCCACUCGGAACGGCCCUACAAGUGCUUCAGGUGUGGCAAGAGCUUCUGCCAUACAUCCAGCCUCAUCGACCACCAGAAGACCCACAGUGAGGAACAGCCCUACGAGUGUCCUGAGUGUGGGAAGGGGUUUUGGACCAGGUCAGAUCUCCUCAUGCAUCAGAAAACACACACGGAGGAGAGGCCCUUCCUCUGCCCUGACUACAGGAAGGGUUUCAAACGUAACUCCACCCUCAUCGUCCACUGGCACGUCCAUACUGGGGAGAGGCUCUAUGAGUGUCCCGAGUAUAAGAAGAGCUUCCAUCAGAGCUUUGCCUUAACUUCACACAAAUGGACCUACCUGUAAGGGAAGCCCUGUGAAUGUCCUGAGUGAAGGAGGAGCUUUGUGCACUGCUCCAACUCCAUCUCCCAUGGGAGGAUCUGCAUUGGAUGAUCCCCAGUGACUUCGGUUGGGCAGACACCUGAUGAGCCCCGUUCCAGGUGAUUCCCCUUGAAAAGACACCUGGCUGGUGAUCUCUACAUCCUCCUGGUUCCUCAGUAGGUACCUGGAUGAAGGCAGAGGCAGAAACCUCCAUUGAGAGUGCGUAUGACAUCAGGAAUUCAUUGGGAGGAGUGGAUUUGUUGACUUACAACCCUAAGAGUCUCAGCUCUUCCAUCCAAUGCAUUCUUCCUUUGGCAUCAAGCAAUGUUGGAUGGUCUUGGAGGUUUUUUCCUAUUGCUGUGUAAAAAAUGCUUGUGGUGGGAGACUUCUCCAGGGUCAAACUGUUCAGGUAUAAGCAAUUUAUUAUAUGGGUGAA